UCAACACUCGCUUACAGCUGGUGCCGCCACUUCGUCCUCGCCGCGUCCUUCGUCUCGUCAGUGGCCUUUUGUGUCCGUGUCAGAUUUGAGUCCUCAAUAGGGAGAGGUGGGACGGGAAACUGUCUCUGUCGCCUGAGAAGGGGGAGGGGCUCAAAGUACACCUGUGGUCACAAACGGGUGACCAUUUCCAUUUAAGGGGGGACAUCUGUAUAAACUGGGGACAUUUAAUAUUUAAAGAUAAGUACUGGCAUUUAUUGUACAAAGUACAAACUGAAUGGGGACAUUUUUACAACGUGAGUACAUUUAUUGUACAAAGAUAACGCAAAAUGGGGACAUUUUACCAAAGUGAGGACAUUUAAUGUAUAAAGUAGACACAUGAAAGUAGGGACAAUUACCCAAAAUGGGGACAUUUAAAGCUGAGGUAACGUGUUUUAAGUCUCUUUAUUGUUGGGCCUGUACUCUUGUGUCUCAUCUGUUUUUAUUUAUUUUUUUUAGUUUGGGGUCAGGGACAGUGUUAUGUCAGCGAGGCUUAAAACAUCUGUCCAGUUAUUUGCAGCUGCAGGUUGUUAAUCCUGUCCUCAUUAGUGUUAGAGGACAGACAUAAUAUCUGGGCGGUGAUUGGUCAGAUUAAACCAACAGGAUUAAAUUACAGCUGUGCCGAGACGUGGACAAAAGAAGGUAGACAGACUGUGUGGACGACAGGAGUCGGGCGUCCUCGACAGGUAUGACCGCGGAGCCGUGAGACACUUUGUCCUGUUUGUCUUGUCUCGCUGCACCUCUGUCACCUUCAGCAAUGUUCGCAGGACGGGCGUCGGCAGCAGGGGCCGCUGUCGGGCCAAUGGUGGCAGGAAAAGGCGGGAAGUUCUCGGUGGAGGAGCUGUACGGGUUCACCAAGAAGCCAAAGGUGAAAAAAGGGAAUUCUGGGAAAACUGACCAAGGCGACGAUGGGAAGAAAGGCGCGAAGGAGAGGGAGGAGUCUGCGCUGGCGUCGCAGAUCCUGGUGGCGGCGAGGAGGCUGAUGGAGAGACGGAGGCUCGAGAGCUUCCUACAGGUGUGUGGCGUCGCCAUGGAGCAGAGUCACAUGACCUACAGGAAUCUUGGGAAAUCUGGACUGAGAGUGUCCUGUUUGGGCCUGGGAACAUGGGUGACGUUUGGCUCUCAGAUCUCUGAUGAGAUGGCGGAGAGUGUCAUGACGACAGCGUACGACAGUGGCGUGAACCUGUUUGACACAGCAGAGGUGUACGCCUCAGGCAGGGCGGAGACGACUCUGGGGAACAUCCUGAAGAAGAAAGGAUGGAGGAGGUCCAGUUAUGUGGUGACCACUAAGAUCUACUGGGGAGGACAGGCAGAGACGGAGCGAGGAUUGUCACGGAAACACAUUAUAGAAGGUUUGCUUGCAGGUCUGCGCGGCUCCCUCUCCAGGUUACAGUUGGACUACGUCGACAUUGUCUUUGCCAACAGGAGUGACAUCAAUGCGCCGAUGGAGGAGGUGGUCCGGGCCAUGACGUUUGUGAUUGAUCAGGGUUUGGCGAUGUAUUGGGGAACAUCACGCUGGAGCGCAGUGGAGAUCAUGGAGGCCUACUCUGUAGCCAGACAGUUUAACCUGGUUCCUCCAGUGUGUGAACAGGCCGAGUAUCAUUAUUUCCAGAGAGAGAAGGUGGAGCUUCAACUGCCAGAGCUCUACCACAAGAUAGGUGUCGGAGCAAUGACCUGGUCUCCGUUAGCUUGCGGUCUGCUUACAGGAAAGUACAAUGAGGGCAUCCCUGAGAGCUCCAGGGCUGCCAUGAAGGGCCAUGCGUGGCUGAAGGAGCAACUCUGCAGUGAUGAGGGAAAAAAGCAGCUCAGUAAAAUCAAAGAGCUCCACCUGCUGGCGGAGAAGCUGAACUGCACACCUGCUCAACUCGCUAUAGCAUGGUGUCUCCGCAGUGAGGGCGUCAGCUCGGUUCUCCUCGGAGUCUCCAACACAGAACAGCUGCUGGAAAACCUCGGUUCUCUUGGGGUCCUGACUCAGCUGACCCCGCCCCUCAUCACGGAGAUGGACGCGUUGCUCAGCAACAAGCCACGAAACGCCAAGAAGGAGGGGCGUACCUGAGUUGACGUCCCCGACCCACGAAGAUGAGACAAGGAUGGCCACCUUGUCGUCAUGGCGACGGGAGCAUGUUGACAUCCGUCCACAGAUAGUAUUUGGUUGGGGGGGGGGAGUGGGCGGGGCCACAAAAUCCACCGGGAAGCAUUGGCACAACAAUACAGAAAUGCAUGACGACGCAAAUAUGAUAAUCAAUAACUUUAUCUAAAGUGAAAUGAAUGAAAGGAAUGAUACGAUAAUGUCACAAUAUUUAAGUCACGAUAUCGCAAAUAUCAAUUUUUAUGCUUAUCCACAAAAAGUUUAACGUUUAUUAGUGACAAAAAAAACUUGGUGUCUCAAACAUCAUAUUCCACCGUUCACAGGGAAGAACUUUUUUGUUUGUUUGUUUUUUUAAAUAAUAACAACCUCAUACUGGAGUCCGCCUUCGAGCAACACUGUGACAGCAAGAGUUGUCGCCAUGGUAGCACGCAUCACCACGGCAACCUCCCCUUGCACAAUACAUUUAUAUUUAUAACAUAUUUAUAACAUAUAUAUAUAUAUAUAAAGUGUCUAUUUUGUGAUUGUAGCAGAUGUAGUUUUCAAUAUAAUCAAUAUUAAAAGAUAUUGAUCACAACAAACGUUGAUUUUCCUCAAAAGCACAAGAAAAUAUAAUAUUAAUAUUUAUUAUCAUUAUUAUCAAUGACAUUCACCGGUCA